CCAAAAAAGCUCAACUGUGAUUGGUCAGUUUGCGUUUCCUAAUUCCUACCCUCAAAGUCUUCCGACUGGAAACACGGGCACAUACUCGGAGAGCGUGAUUCAAACUGGUCAUGUCUUUCCAUCAGGACCGUGGUGGACCCGGAGGAGGAGCAGGAAUGCCUCCAGGUCAGCACGGAUCCCCUCAAAGCUACCGACCCCCCAACCUAAGGGCGCCACCCCCUCCGCAACCUCCUUUACCACCCUACCGCUACGAUCCACAGGCUCCACCCAGCUCUGGCUACCAUGGAAACAGCAGCUACAUGCCUCCACGCUCUGACUUCAUGCAGUAUCCUCCUCCGGUGCCAUCCCAGGCGCCCAGUUCUCUUAACCAGUGUCCAGUGCGUCCAACUUUCCCCAAACCUCUGGUCCGGCAAGGUUUCUUAGAUCCUCCUCCCAACUUUCCACCUCCUCCUCUGCCCAGCUCCACAGGGGGUCCGACGCAGGGGUCCUCUCAGAACGCUUACCACCCCUAUAUGAUGCCACCUGUGCCGCCACCACCGUUGCCACACCCCCCUGUACCUCACCCCAUGAGCUACCCUUCGCCGUAUUCCAUGAACUACCCUCAUCCUCCACACCCUCCUUUCCCUCCUCCCACCUUCAAUCCUGGCUAUACUCAGAGCCCGGGCUCGUUCAAGCCGGACCACAGCUUCAGACACGGCCAGUUCAAGUACGAAAAAACAAUGGACAACAGGCGGUCCUCACCAGAGCGAGGCUAUCGCCAUGAUGACCACCGGCAGAAGGGCUAUGGCUACGGUGGCAGUGGCGGCCACGGUGACCGGCACAAGAUGGAGAUUCCCGCAGACAGGAAAGACCGCGGGAGGAGUCCAGACAGACGCGUCAGACCAGAGGGAGGACGGUACCGACCUGAGUACGACAGAGGAAGGACACCACCUAGACACAGGAGCAGGGAUCGCAGCAGAGAGCGACAUCGUCACAGAGAAAGUCGAAAGUCACAGUCGCCUGACAGGCACAGAAAGAGGCCUCGGAGUCGGUCCACAAGCAGAGACCGGAAACGUAGUCGCUGGGAAGAGGAGAGGGACAGGCGGUCAGAGAGCUCCUCUGGCCUGAGCAGGGAGCGCAGCUACGCGUCAGUCAGGAGCAGAGACUCCGACGAGGCUUUCAGCGACAGAGAGCGCGACCGAGAGCGGGACAGGGACAGAGAGAAGCUCGACGAGGAGAAAGAUGAGGAAGAGCUGCUGAAACCUGCCUGGAUCCGCUGCACACACGCAGAAAACUACUACUCCAAUGACCCCAUGGACCAAGUGGGAGACUCCACAGUUGUGGGGACCAGUAAACUGCGGAACCUGUACGAGCGCUUCGAGGAGGAGCUGGGAGGGAGACAGGAACGAGCCAAGGAGGCCCGACCCAAGUGGGAGCCUCCGAAGACCAAACUGGACGAGGAUCCAGACAACAGCAGCAGCGACUCGGACUGCGAGUCCGACGGAGAAGGAAGCUCCUGCUCCAGCAGCUCGGACUCCGACAUCUUCGAUGUCAUCGCCGAGAUCAAGAGGAAGAAAUCUCAUCCCGACCGUCUGCACGAAGAGCUGUGGUACAACGACCCGGGACAGAUGAAUGAUGGCCCCUUGUGUAAGUGCAGCGCCAAGGCCAGACGUACAGGAAUCCGCCACAGCAUCUACCCGGGGGAGGAGCCUGUGAAACAGUGUCGUCCCAUGAACAACAACGCGGGGAAACUGUUCCACUACCGGAUCACCGUGUCUCCACCAACCAACUUCCUGACGGACAGGCCGACGGUGAUCGAGUACGAUGACCACGAGUACCUGUUUGAAGGCUUCUCUCUCUUCUCGCACACUCCACUCACCAGUAUUCCAUUGUGCCGUGUGAUCCGCUUCAACAUAGAUUACACCAUUCACUUCAUAGAGGAGAUGACACCGGAGAACUUUUGCGUCCGAGGCCUCGAGCUCUUCGCCUCCUACUUGUUCCGGGACAUUCUGGAGCUUUACGACUGGAACCUCAUAGGUCCUGACAACGAUGAUGAGACCUCUGGAUGCCAGGGCUUCCAUUUCAUGCCACGCUUUGUCCGAUUCUUACCAGAUGGCGGUAAGGAGGUGCUGUCCAUGCACCAGGUGCUGCUGUACCUGCUGCGCAGCAGCAAACCGCUGGUGCCCGAGGAGGAGAUCGCCGACAUGCUGCAGUGGGAGGAGCUGGAGUGGCAGAAGUACGCCGAAGAGUGCAAGGGCAUGAUCGUCACCAACCCAGGAAUGAAACCCAGCUCUGUGCGAAUCGACCAGCUGGACAGAGAGCAGUUCAACCCGGACGUCAUCACCUUCCCCAUCAUCGUUCACUUUGGAAUCCGUCCGGCUCAACUCAGCUACGCAGGAGACCCUCAGUACCAGAAGCUGUGGAAGAGCUAUGUGAAACUACGCCACCUGCUGGCCAACAGCCCCAAGGUCAAACAGAUCGACAAGCAGAAGCUGACACAGAGAGAGGAAGCUCUUCAGAAGAUCCGGCAGAAGAACACCAUGCGCCGUGAGGUGACAGUGGAGCUGAGCAGCCAGGGCUUCUGGAAGACUGGCAUCCGCUCCGACGUCUGUCAGCACGCCAUGAUGCUGCCAGUCCUCACACAUCACAUCCGCUACCACCAGUGUCUCAUGCACCUGGAUGACCUCAUUGGCUACGUCUUCAAGGAACGCUGCCUCCUUCAGCUCGCCAUGACUCAUCCCAGUCACCACCUCAACUUCGGCAUGAACCCUGAUCACGCUCGCAACUCCCUCUCCAACUGCGGCAUCCGCCAGCCCAAGUACGGCGACAGGAAGGUCCACCACAUGUACAUGAGGAAGAAAGGAAUCAACACGUUGAUUAACAUCAUGUCGCGUCUGGGUCAGGAUGACCCCUCCCCCUCCAGGAUCAAUCACAACGAGAGACUGGAGUUCCUAGGCGAUGCUGUUGUCGAGUUCCUCACCAGUGUUCACCUCUACUACCUUUUCCCCAGCUUAGAGGAGGGCGGCCUGGCCACGUACAGAACAGCCAUCGUGCAGAACCAGCACCUAGCCAUGCUCGCUAAGAAACUAGAGUUGGACCGCUUCAUGCUCUACGCUCACGGACCGGAUCUGUGCCGGGAGUCGGACCUACGCCACGCCAUGGCCAACUGCUUUGAAGCUCUUAUCGGUGCCGUGUAUUUGGAGGGAGGUCUGGAUGAGGCGCGGCAACUCUUUGGUCGACUACUUUUCAACACUGAGAACCUACAGGAGGUCUGGCUCAACUUCCCACCGCACCCCCUGCAGGUCCAGGAGCCUCAGACGGACCGGCAGCUGAUCGAGACGUCCCCCGUCCUCCAGAAACUGACCACCUUCGAGACGUCCAUCGGCGUCUUCUUCACGCAUGUGCGUCUUCUCGCCAGAGCGUUCACCCUGAGGACUGUGGGCUUUAACCACCUCACCCUGGGCCACAACCAGAGGAUGGAGUUCCUGGGCGACUCCAUCAUGCAACUGGUGGCCACAGAGUAUCUCUUCAUCCACUUCCCCGACCACCAUGAAGGACAUUUAACACUGCUGCGCAGUUCGCUGGUGAACAACCGCACACAGGCCAAAGUGGCGGAGGAGCUCGGGAUGCAGGAGUUCGCCAUCACCAACGACAAAACCAAACGUCCGGUCGCACUGCGGACCAAGACUCUGGCUGACCUGUUGGAAUCUUUCAUCGCAGCGCUCUACAUAGACAAAGACCUGGAGUACGUGCACACCUUUAUGAAUGUGUGCUUUUUCCCUCGACUGAAGGAGUUCAUUCUGAACCAGGACUGGAAUGACCCCAAGUCUCAGCUGCAGCAGUGCUGUUUGACCCUGAGAACAGAGGGCAAGGAGCCUGAUAUCCCGCUGUACAAGACCCUGCAGACCGUCGGCCCGUCGCACGCCCGCACCUACACUGUCGCCGUCUACUUCAAAGGAGAGCGAAUCGGCUGUGGCAAAGGCCCGAGCAUCCAGCAGGCAGAAAUGGGAGCAGCCAUGUUUUCACUGCCUUCGUAUAACUUCCCACAGAUGGCUCAUCAGAAGCGCUUCAUCGAGCGGAAAUACAGGCAGGAGCUGAAGGAGAUGAGACGGGAGCGCGAGCGGCAGGAGAUGGAAACCGACGAGGUGGACGAGUGCAGGAAGUGACGGCGCCCCACCUUUUCUUCUUUUUUUUUUGCGUAGUGGUGGAAGGACGAGGACAGUCCUGUCAGCUAAUGUGGCAGCCGUCCAGGCAUGAGUCGGCAAAAUGGAGCCGCCACGACUCGGCCGCUGAGCUGGGUAGUUUAGACAAGGACGACUCGCUUGUUCCCGCAGUUGUAACACAAACCUCAAAAGGGACGCAGGUGAAAUGUCGCCUGCUUCAUAAGACUGUAACCUCAGAGAUUUAAGGUAAAAUCUUUGUCUUGUCCAAUAUGCUCAAAUUUAAAGGUCCAGUGUGUUACAUUUAUUCGGGCUUUACUGACAGUGUUAACCUAGAAAAUAUUAUGUUGAGCCGUCUUGUGCCACUGUGUUUUCACAACAGCACAAAAGAAUGAACCAAUCAUUUUCUUUCUGGUAUGUGAAGGCCACCGUAGUUCCCCGACGUGCUCAUGAACUCGGAUUUCCAACCUCGCGUAUCCAUGAGUUAUGAUUCCAAGAUGGUUGCCAGAAUACAAACAUUGGGUUUGCCAAAUUAGUUUGCCGUUAAAUCAGUCGUACCGUAUGUUGAACUGAACUGAAAUGCGGCAUAAGAGGCGGAGAGAGAGGACUGCAGUCUGCAGCCUCGCCACUAGAUGUCACUAAUGUUCACACACUGGACCUUUUAACCUUUAAAGAAUGACAACUGUUCUCAUUCUUCUACUGUUUAGUAUCGUCGAGACGUGGCCUUCACUUCCCGUCAUCAUGUUGACGGCCCAAAGUUAGAAACUUAAAGGAACGGUGUGUGGGGUUUAGCGGCCUCUAGGGGUAACUAACAUUUGCACUGAACACUCAUGCUCUAACCAAUUGAAUCAUGCCUUUGCAUUUGAACAGUAAACUGUUUCCAUAGCAACCGUGAGCGUUGUCUGCUAAAAGCUGCCUCCAGCACAAACCGUAGAGCCUUAAAGCUCGUGCCGGACUGUGUUGACGACGUCCAGGUACCCUGAUCCUCCAGGCUAAUGCUAAAGCUAAUUACAUUUAUAUCAUUAAAAUCAAGUGACAAGUCAUUUCAGAUGUCACCAGUGAGGACUAGAGGGAUGUUGGACGAUUCUUAAAAGCUUCACGACAUCAGGUACGGCCACUUUUCUUUGCCUCAAAUUACAAUUUUUACACUUAAAAGUCACCCAAGAAAACAAAAUCUACUCAAGUUGUUUCAUCCAAGGUAAAUCCUAAAUUCUACACACUGUUCCUUUUAAGACUUUGAACAGCAGGAGCCAAAACAUUAAAACAAAAUAAUGAGAAGAAGCCGUUUUUAAACGUAAAUAAAAGUGAGAAGUAAAA